AUGCAUCAGCAGAACGGCGAUCGGUCUUGCGCGAACGAGGCCAUUGGUGGUGCCCACUACGGCCCUGUGCUUGUCUAUAUGUCCAAAGUCGCAGAUGCAUCCACAGCUGAUGGCUCCACUCCGUUCUUCAAGGUCUUCCAGGAUACAUGGGCGAAGAACACUGCUGGCGGCGGCGGCUCGGACGAUUAUUGGGGUACGAAGGACCUGAACAAAAACUGCGGAAAGAUGGACGUGAAGAUCCCUACAGAUCUGGCCCCAGGAGACUAUCUGCUAAGAGCGGAAGCCAUUGCGUUGCAUGCUGCAUCUGGUGCUGGCGGCGCUCAAUUCUACAUUACCUGCUACCAAAUCACUGUGACUGGUGGUGGUUCGUCUUCGCCUGCUGGUGUGGCUUUCCCCGGAGCAUACAAAGCUACCGACCCUGGCAUCCAGAUCAACAUCUACCAGAACCUCGCAUCGUAUGUCGCCCCCGGUCCGGCAGUCAUCGCAGGUGGUACUGAAGCCGUUGCUGGAUCCGCUGGAUCCGCUGUGACUGCUACUGGUGGAGCUCCGGUUGCCACAUCUACAGCAACCACGAUGAAGACAUCUGCAGUAGCCACAUCUGCUGCCGCUGUGCCAACGAGUGGAGGUGGUGCUGGAGCAUGCUCAGUUGCAAAGUACGGUCAGUGCGGCGGAAAUGGAUACAGUGGAUGCAAAACCUGUAAGUCGGCCUAA